UUUGAUCAAUUUCACAACGAAAACGAAAUUCGUUGUGUGAGACAAAGAUUGCGGGAGCAAAGAGUUCCGAUUAACAAGAUCAUGUCGAGUUUCUGUGAGUUCGUCAAUCGGAAUGUUGGGAAAAUUCGACUAUUGGAAAAGAUAGAAAAACAUCCGAAAUUUCCACCCAUUCAUCGAGGCGAUAAUCUCUUGAGAUACAUCUACACUGUGGCAAUUAUUUUCCAUGUUUACAUGGUGCUCUCCGGUUGGGUGGGUGUCUGGAGCUUCUUCACGAAAUGUCCAAGUCUUCAGCUAUAUGAGAAGCUAGUCCUCAUUGCCCUUCGCCUUGCCGUCAUGGGCGUUCAUUGUGUUGCAGCAGCCUGUUUCGUAUUGAACAUUCUUGGGGGCGCCCCGGUUCCUCCCUGCGAAAGAGUGUGUCAUCUAUAUCAUCAGUUUAUGGUGAUUUACCGCGGCGUCGCACUCCCAGCGUCGAUGCUAGUAAUGAUCGGAUCGCUUUUAGGCUUGAACCUGGAGCAGUUCGCGUUGCUCCUUAUUCAUGUGCCCGUUGAAGCGAUUGGACUGCUCUGGCACGUGGUUAUCUGCGAUGCUUUUUUGCGUGGCCAGCCAUCAAAUGACGUUAAUGAAGCUCUGGGAAGCUCAGCUAAUUCUUCGAGCCAUGGCGCUAUAGCGCAGCAAGGCGCCACUGCAUCAAAUAAACCCGGCUUUAAAGCGAAACCGCAUCCAGCACCAGCUUCUGCCGGGUGGGCUAAGGCACCGCCUAGUCCUGUCAAAGCUGGGCUAGCAAAGCCCCCAAUGGUUUCGAAAGAGUCGAAGGAUAGUACCAGCAAAACUUCUAACGCUGUACCGCCAGGACGCAUCACCACAGACAAACAGUCUGCAUCGACGCCGCAAGGUAACGACCUAGCUGCAGGAAAGCCACCGGCUAACACUUCGAGUAAAAAAUCUGAUGCGGAAAGAAACAGGAAUAACAGUGACUAGCAUUAUUUCGAGCGAAUGAAUUGGAACAAGUCCUCGAGUAAUUCAAUAUGAAGACUUGACGGCUUUGCAACCGCCAGAUAGAAGGCGUUGAGAGAUAUGACAAUCGAUAAAUCGGCGUUUUAGAAGUAAAAUUUGGUAGAAGUUUAUCUGCAGUUGACUGCCCAGUCGAAUCGUUUUCAUUCAUCAUGAUAGUAAGUCAAAGCAAAUUGUUACAAAAUGUUACGUUAUUGAAAUUGGGUCUACAAAGUAUUACGUUAUUGAAAUUGGGUCGAUACGUGUUCCGCCCAUUUGAAUAGAAUGGCGGAAGUGGCACAUUCAGGAUGUCAUUCCAAAUGGUUACAGAACACAUGAAGGUUACUUCGGAUGUAAAGGUGAAGACCAGGUUAACCGCGAGCGACACCUUUUACAAAUUGACUAGGAACGUUCCCGUA